AUGGGCUCCGGCUCCCUUGCCGCAAUGUCCGUCUUCGAGACGCAGUGGAAGGCCAAUCUCACCCGCGACGAGGCUGUCAAGCUCGCCAGUGACGCCAUCUUCGCCGGUAUCUUCAACGAUCUCGGCUCCGGCAGCAACGUUGACGUGGCCAUCAUCACCCAGGACAAGACAGAGCUGAAGCGCGGCUUCGCAACGACCGCUGUGUUCAACGAGAAAAUCAUCAAGAAAAACGAGAUCGGCCGCUACGUCAGCGUCACCGAGGUGACAUCCACCGGCGAGGCUAUGGAGGUCGAUUCUUAG